AUGGGAAGGCAUACUGGUGCAAAGUUGUCUGAGUCAUUCACUGAAGUUAUGGUUAAAUGGUACAUUGAAAAUAGACUGUUUGCUUUGACUUUGGAUAAUACUAGUUCAAAUGAAGUGGCUGUCAAUGAUAUAAUUUCAUAUCUGAAAGAGAAUGCUAAUAGUUCCCUAGUUUGUGAUGGGAUGGUUUUUCAUGUUCUAUGUGCCUGCCAUAUUCUCAAUUUGGUUGCUAGAGAUGGGUUGAAAGUCAUUUCAGGAACAAACAGCAAGGUCAAAUCACUUGUACUAGCUGUGAAAGGGUCUCCAAUGCAGUGGGAAGAGCUUAUGAUGCGUGCCACCGAAGCUGAGUUGGAUACAAAGAGGGGUAUCUCGAUGGAUGUUUCAAUCAGGUGGAAUUCUACCUACCUAAUUCUGAGAGAUAUCUUGUACUACAAGGAUGCAUUUAUUAGGCUGAAGUCUUCAAAUCGCCUUAGGUAUAAGAAAAGGCUGAUAGAGUACUACAUGAAGAAGGUCUAUGGUGAUCAUUAUCAAGUUGAACUUGAUGAAUUUGUUACUGUGGUAAAGAAACUGUACAACUUUUAUGUUAAUUCUGCUCCUGCAUCAUCAAAGGAAAAUAGUAAAGGGGCUGCACCUGGACCUAGUAACACAGCUGAUAUAUUAAUGGGAAAUGUAGACCAUGACCUAGAAGAAUUCUUAUAUGAUGCAAGUGAACCUGCUAUGGUUGAGUCAAAUGAGUUGGAGAGGUAUAUUGCAGAACCAUUUCUGAAAAUUGUUGGUGAGUUUGACAUCUUAGCAUGGUGGAAAAACAAGAGAGAACAAUAUCUUAUCCUUUCGCAAAUUGUUUGGGAUGUAAUGGCCAUACAGGUAUCAACAGUAGCAUCCGAGUCUGCUUUUAGUGCUGCUGGUCGUGUUGUUGAUCCCUAUCGUAGUCAUCUUGAUCCUGAGAUGGUACAGACAUUAAUUUGCACAAAGGAUUGGGUUGCUGCAGCAAGAAAAGAUUCUAAAAUGGUUGGAUCAAUUGUGAGUGAUCUUGAGGUUGAGGCUUUGGCUAAUGUUGUGGCUAAACUAAAAAUUGAGGAAAAGGACAAGGAGGGGGAUGAGGAAGCAAAAGACAUGGAAAAUGAUCAUGACCUCAUGGAUGAUGCUGAUGAACUAUAG